AUGACUGCGAUCUCCUGCAGUGGGCCGACAGACACGGGAAAAUUUUUCACACGCCGUCAUCAUCCUCAGACAUCCACUCGUGUGUUCACCAACGCCAGUCGAAUCUCCAGUCCGUCCUAUCCACUGUGGAAAUCCGAGAUGAGUAGUUUACCCGCGGAAAGAACUCGACCAGGAUCGAACGAGUCGGAGCCAUCGAUGGGUACGGAUACACUGAACGGUAUGCUAACUGUCCCUGAUCGAGAAGUGUCCCACGAGAUGAAAUCCAGCGUUCCACAUCGAUGGACCAGUGGCAUGGAUUUUAUCCCCGAAUCAGUACGGGACGAUUCGUUGACUGAGUCAAUUCUGAAUUUGAAUGGAGCCCGAGAGAACUACUCGGCCAGCCGCGCGAUCACAGUUGGAUCUGUCACUAACAUCACCACAUCCAACAACGGUAACAACGUGACCGUGGUCUCAACAACCGAAUCAGCCCCAAAGCCCACAUUAACCCCGUCCCGAUUACAGUUAACCAAUGGAAUUUUUCCGGUGAGCUGCACGAACGCAGAUGAAAUGGGAACAAAACGUAAAGCCUCUUAUGGAAUUCGUGAUAUUUUGGGUGAUGGAUUGAACGAGAAAUGUAAAAAACGCGUAAUCCUCAAUCCCACUGACUCGCCUAGCCACACAUCAGAACUCGAUCUUGCCCAAACGAACCGACAAGUUGAAAGUCCGCUAGGGGAUCACAUGAAUAAUGGUGCGGAAGAGGGGUAUCCACGGUGUGAUAAUGAUAACGAUACCACUGAUACGAACAAUGGUAAUACAAACCCGAAUCAGCAAAACCUAAUGUUGAUGAAAUUCUACGCUGCUUGGUUUGACGCAAUUCAUCAAUCGGCCAAUACAGCCCCUGUUGGAUUGGGUACCACAAACAGUCCAAACACUGCUGCUGUUACUACCACUAUAACAUCCUCAGCAACAUUUGGUCCAUCGCCACAUCUGGCGGCGUCAACACCAGGACAAAACCACCCCCAACAAACGACGUCGAAUGCAUUGCCCGGAUCAAACCAGUGCGGGAGCGGAACAUUUGUCACCAGUGUGAUGAAUAACGCUGUAAGUACAACUCACUCCGAUCUGGGCAAUGACAGUGGCACCUCAAUCGGAGGGGCCCUAUCCAGCCUGUACUGGUUAGGGCUGUUUCCCGGAUGUACGGAUCCAUCUCUGAAUUUGAGUUCGGUAUCAUCCAACUGUCCGUUGCCUGGACUACCAAGUUACAAAGAUGAGGGGAAUUCUAUGGUAGGAACAAAAAAUGAUCUGACACGAUCGGAUCAAUUUCUGGCCGCAAUUGCGGCUGCAGCAACUGCCGGGGCAUAUCUCAAACCACCGCCUAUGGGAAAUGUGACACAAUCGUUGUCGUCCAAUCUUCUCGUCGGUCUGCCGCACCCCGGGUUCGAUUCCGCACAUUUUUUUGAAUCGUCCCUUUCCAGAGAUCCCAGAUUUGUUGGAAUGGAGAGCAACUCUGACACACUACUCCCGAAUCCUGCACUGAACAAUUCUUCCGGACCACCGCACGUGUACCCGUUCACCGAACCACCCGGACUGGUCACACAAGCCGCACUGAUGACACGAGGGAUUAAUAAUCCCGCGGCAAUCGGCGCGGCGGCGGCUGCGGCCGCUGGUAUGGGCAUGUGGAAUCGAACAACCGGUGAGUUCCCUUUUUUACCAGGGGCUAUUAAGUAUAGUGAGCGGUUUUUAUUGCUUUAG